AUUCUCUGUCAGACAAAUUCGAGGUUGAUGGAGCUUCAGGUGAGGUGUUUUUAUUGUCGGCCUUCGACAGAGAAGUGGAGGACAAGGUCAGCUUCAGUUUACAGUGUUCCGUCAGCAGGGAUGGCAGAUUAGUCGGCGAGACCGUAACUGACGUACAUAUCGCCAUCGGGGACACGAACGACAACCCAAUUUUAUUUCAGAACAACAAGGACAGAGACACUGUCAAUUACACAUCAGAAAAACAGUUGUAUAGUGUGGUGCUAAAUGAUCGGGAUCUGCUAAGUUGUGAUCAUCACAGAACGCACGUGUCACUGGACCCUCGUGGCGCCUGUAGUCACACUGCAAUCGACAUCGGUCACCAUCUUGGUUCUGGACCUUCUCGCCAUGUCGUUUGUCGGCUAAAGGUCCAGGUAGAACGAGAGAAGAUUUCCGAUCGCGAUGAGUACACCUGUAUAAUAAGUAUUACAGAUCCUCAGUACAAACCAUCCGGAAUUACGUCCUUUUCCAAUAUGUCUACUCUAACGGUCAACAUCAAGAUGGACAGAACAACAUCAUCACCUCCUUCAGAGGUCUAUACAGCGACCGUUGUGGAAGGCGCUGCACGUCUUACACGAAUCCAUACAUUAGGAAACACACACAGGAGUUAUUUCUCCAACAGUCUAGCCUCAGCUUUCGGAGUAACCCGUUAUGAAGGAAUCGUUUACGUAGAUAAACCCGCACUUUUAGAAGGCAGUAGACAGCAGAAUUUCACCGUGUCAGCAUACGCCUCGGAUGCUAAAGGAGAACAGAAAAUUGUCCUCACAGUGAAAAUACUGAGAAACUCCAGGAGGAAACCUCCCUGCAAUGAGUCGUGUUCCCGCCAUGAUGGACGAGAUGGGUGUCAAUCGUCUUGUGGACUCGGACUAUUGGUGGGGACAUGUGUUUGGCGCAUGGGCGAGAAGGGCGGCUGGACCACCAAGUACGGCACGUGCACGUAUGACAAGGCUUUGUGCCCCGAUACAAAAUGUGAUGAGCUGGAAAGUCAGAAUCCACAAUUGUGUCCUCAAGAUUGUACAAAUAAAACCGUAGGAACUGUCAAACUGAACACCAAUGUUAAUCCACCUCGAGGGAUAGCUGAGGCUGUUGGUAACUGUUUCUGCUCAUACACUGGCGAAUGUGCUUGUGCUACGGAGGAUCUCAGUCCAAGAAUUACACCCAAACCUCGCGAGAGUACACUGAUCAAAACACCUCAACUAGACAACUCUGGACACGCGGACAAUACAACCGACCGAGACCAUCACGUGACCAAUGGACAGCUUUAUUAUCGACCUAAAGACGAUGGAAGUGAGACAUCAAAUGGGGGAUGCGAUGAGAACUGUAGAACCACCACGGCCGCUACUCUGGGUUGUCUUGGUGCUGUCACUUGCAUCUUUGUUCUGGUUUGGCGUCUUCGAAAACGCAGAUGUCAGACUAGCCAGAACAUUAAAAAGCGCGUGGGUAGUCUGGUAUCAGUGUCGGCUAUUCCAUCAGAUUACCAGGAUGAUCGUGACAGAACUUACCACACCGCACCCCAAUCCAACCACAAGGGACCUUUGGAAUAUACACCCACACCAGAAGAUAUGAAGUGGGAGUUUGAACGAGACAAGCUUAUCCUUGAUAAGACCCUUGGUGAGGGAGAGUUUGGGAGAGUGGUAAAGGCCAAAUCAUACAAUUUGGACGGAAAGGACGGCUAUAAAGAAGUUGCUGUCAAGAUGCUCAAACAUUGUGCAUCCUCUUCGGAACUCUCUGAUCUGCUGUCAGAAUUCAACCUUUUAAAGGAUGUUAAUCACCCGAACGUUAUACGCCUGCUAGGGGCGUGUACAAGAGACGGUCCGUUCUACGUCAUCGUGGAGUACUGCGAGUACGGCUCCCUACUUUCCUUUCUGAGGCGAUCACGGUUGGAGGAAAAUGGUUAUGUCAACCAUCGUUACCGACACAAGGAGUUCACUCAGCACUGUGAGAAUGGCGAGUACAUGGAGCCUGAGCUGCUCUCUGUUGGUGAUCUGUUGUCAUUUGCCUGGCAGAUAGCUAAAGGAAUGAAGUACCUCAGUGAGAUCAAGCUGGUGCAUAGAGAUCUAGCUGCAAGAAACGUGUUAGUUGCAGCCGGCAAGGUUUUGAAAAUAUCCGACUUCGGGCUGACAAGAGAUGUUUACGAAGCCGAUACAUAUCUCAAACAAAGCAAGGGUCGAAUACCAGUCAAAUGGUUAGCGCCAGAAUCCUUGUACGCACAGAUCUAUACAACCCAGAGUGAUGUGUGGUCCUUUGGAAUUGUCCUGUGGGAAAUCGUCACCCUAGGUGCCCCGCCCUAUCCGGGUAUACCCCCGGAGCGUCUCUAUAACCUGUUGAUCGCUGGCUACAGGAUGGAUAGACCAGAGUCUUGCACUGAUGAGCUAUAUGCUGUUAUGCAAAAAUGUUGGAAGACGGACCCCUCUGAGAGACCACCAUUUAUCCAGCUGACUGACAUCUUUGAUCGAUUACUUCAACAGAGAACUGAAUACCUAGAUUUGACGGGCGGAGUAGCGGACGAC